AUGCGCAUUCUAUCGGCCCAGCACCGCGGCUUUUGUGCCGUUGGCACUCAGCCCAAGCCCAUGAACCAUCUCCCAGCUACUACUAUAACUCGGCGCGUGCAUCCUCUGCUCCAUCCGACCACGUUCUGCACGUACCUGUGGCCGCGUACACAACGCUACAGCCUCAGCUGCAACGCUCACGCCCUGCAGCCGUCGACGCCACCGACGCAGUCCGCGUCCGCCGCUCCGGGCCUUGCCCGAACAAUCCUGGCCCAGCCCGGCAUCGAGGGUGAUCCGCUGGCGUUCUUGGAGCUUCGUGGCUGGCGGGUGGCCAUCGUAGAGAAGCGGCUGGUGCAGGGUCGCAACCAGGAGUGGAACAUCAGCUGGGGCGAGCUGGAGGUGUUGGUGGAGUUGGGGUUGCUUAGUCGUACGGAGCUACGCGAAGCGGUGGUUUCGGAGUUCAACCCCAUCCGGGUGGGCUUCCAGGGUGGCCAGCGCAGUGCUCCCCCGACGAUUGACAGGAUCGGGUGCCACUCCGCAGCCCCUCCAUCCGGGGGUGGCGCUGCAUUGAAUACACCACGAAGGGCUCUCAGGUCCCGCUAGAGCGAGUCCACAAGUCUCAGCUAGGGCAAAGUCAAAGGCUCUCUGAAACAACCCCCCAAAACACCACCAACGAAAACGGGAUUCGAAGGGAAAACAAACAAACAAAAAUUCGGUUAUGGCAGUCCCGGCAGGGGAGGGCUCCUGAUAUACCUAACAGGCCAACAAAAAUAAAACCUCCAAGAGAGAACGGCUAAGAGAGCUCGACACCACAAGACGUCUUGCAACCACCUUAAAACAACUGACCUCCACCACCUGUCCCUUCCUGGGCUGGUCCAGGGGAGAAGUAGCCUUAUAAAGAAAAGGGAUCCCGCACGAGCCUGAUCACCACUGCAGGGGCCCGGGAU